AUGAGUCCCAAAACCAUUUCUUCCACUGUUCUUGUUGCCAGUUCUGUUUUUGCAUCCACAGUUCUCAUCAAUCCAAGCCCUCAAUUCCUCAAAUAUCUUGUUGAUUUUAGUCUAACCACUUCAUCAUCAUCAUCUAUCAUUGCAACAUUCUUUCCGUGCAAAUUUGACUGCCUACAUCGACAUCAUAAACACAAUGAUAAAGGCAAAUCAGGAUCCAUAUGUGAUGAUUUCCCACCAAACUUUCCACCUCCGGAAACCAACACAACAUUGACGCUUUGUGUUGAUAGAAAGGGGUGUUGUAAUUUCACGACAGUGCAAGCAGCCGUUGAUGCUAUUGCAAACUUCAGCAUCAAAAGAACCAUAAUAUGGAUCAAUUCAGGCAUUUACUAUGAGAAAGUCAUUAUUCCAAAAACCAAACCCAACAUUACAUUUCAAGGACAAGGCUAUACAUCAACUGCAAUUGCUUGGAACGACACAGCCAAUUCCGCUAAUGGAACCUCUUAUAGCGGUUCCGUGCAAGUUUUCUCCACCAACUUUAUUGCUAAGAACAUAAGCUUCAUGAAUGUAGCUCCUAUCCCUCGUCCAGGUGAUGCUGGGGCACAAGCAGUGGCAAUUAGAAUAGCGGGAGACCAAGCAGCCUUCUGGGGUUGUGGCUUCUUCGGAGCUCAAGACACACUUCAUGACGACCGAGGUCGCCAUUACUUCAAGGAUUGCUAUAUACAAGGCUCAAUCGACUUCAUUUUUGGGGAUGGAAAGUCUCUAUAUGAGAAAUGCCAGUUGAUUUCCAUAGCUAACCCCGUUGCUCCUGGAUCAAAAAACAUAAAUGGAGCUGUGACAGCACAUGGAAGAGCUUCCAGCGAUGAGAUCACCGGCUUUGCUUUCGUGAAUUGUACCAUAGGAGGCACGGGGAGAAUAUGGCUAGGUCGAGCAUGGAGGCCAUUCUCGCGUGUGGUUUUUGCUUUGACAUCCAUGACAGAUAUUAUUGCACCAGAGGGUUGGAAUGACUUCAAGGAUCCUACACGAGACCAGACCAUAUUCUAUGGAGAAUACAAUUGCACGGGCGCAGGAGCUGAUAUGAGUGGAAGGGCCCCUUAUGUUCAAAAGCUGAAUGAUACUCAGGCUUCUUUUUUCCUUAAUACGUCUUUUAUUGAUGGAGAUCAGUGGCUGCUAUCCUACAAUAUUUAGAGACCAUAUUCGACAUCAUCAUCUUCCAAAUUAAUGUAAUAAUGGAAUCAUGCUGAUUGCCUUUGACUUUAGCAUUUCAAAUAUUUCACCUGAUUUGACAUAAAUUUAUUGCACACACAUUCAAGGACAAAUAUCAUCUACCAAUUCAUAGAUAUA